UGGCCUUCAUGACCCACUACAGCUGCAUCCUGUGUGGGUUCGUCAUCCGCUCUUCAGCCAGCGACGCCGCCGAACAGUGGCUAAGGGAAUAUCGUGCAAUCUAUUCCCACCCAUCAGGCUAUUCGGUAACGGGCAUCGGAUGCUAUGAUGGCAGCGCGUCCUGGACUGCGCCGUCGGACCCUGCUCGGCGAUGGGACGACGACGAUAGCAACCUUCGGCCGCAGGAGUUACCAGUGAUGCGACAACCUCCGCUGCAUGGUCGCCACGGAUUUGUUCUGCAUGACGCUUGCUGGAUGUUGUUGCGCAGGGCAUGGGGCCCAGAAGAGAUCAGGGUCGACCGGCUUGUAGAAAUGUGCGAAUCUAUACCGUUUCCCCUUCGCACCAACGGCCUGGGCUGGCAGCACCGCUACGGAGGCCUUGUAGACCUGGACACCCAAAACUAUUUUCCGUGGCAAGAAACCUUGUUCCUGCCCCGCGAGGCCACCCCAGUUUUCUUAGACGUUGCCGCAAACCCCUACGACGUGCCAACCAUGCCUGCAAUCUUGUUAGGCUGUGCAAAACCUCAACCGGUCCGGGGUACGGAGAAAACUGCCCAUGAUUGUUUUUCUCGCCUGGCAUGGGAGCUUCGUGAGGCUAUUACCGUGUUGCUUACUACUGCAGGUGCGCUGACAUUGCGCCAGGCAUCCGCUUCAUUCCUGCCGCUGCUAUCGAGCAGUGCUUUCUGGGCCUCUCGAUUCGCAGGCGACUGGGAAAGAGGCUUCGUCUUCGAAAUGCACGGGUGUCGAGAGCCUACAGAUUGGCUAGAGUUGUACCGGCUAACCAGUCGGAAAAGCGGCCCCACUGGCCUGCGAAAUAGGUCUCGCGUUUGGUACAUCAUCAAACCACUAAUAGAGGUUGCUAGGCUUGAGCGUAACGAAGGCCUGCCACCUACAACUGAACUGACUAUACGGCCGCCCUGGUCUCAAGUGACUGGUGACAUAAAUUUUGAUGAGCUCGAAAGAAACUGGAGACCUAUUGAGCAAGGGUGUUACUCUCUACGCACUAUUAUCGUCCCAGUGCCUGAAUGUCUCUUGAAAAUUGGAGUGUCAACAAUCAGCUUUAGCACUACGAGCUACGUCACAGGACUUCGUUUUGUUGCAGAUAGUGCAUCUGACGUCCGUAUUGGGUACAUUUCUAGCAGCGAGACCUUCUUUACACUACAAGAAUUAUUCGGAUUUAAGGUUGCAGUAUCCCCUGGCGGACUCAGAGCCUUACAAAUUGUCGGCAAGAAUAGUCACUUGUCCCAGUGGCUUGGAUGUCUAAGCGGUGUUCCAGUUUCAGAGCGCUUGAUUAGAUCACAGCCUAUUAAAGCGGUAUCCGUUAGACUUGAUGGAUUCAAAAUAGUUGGCCUGGGUGUUAGUGCGCUAGACGCCAUUUCAGACCAGGACCUUGGAACCACUGGUCCGCCACUGCGAGAGACGGCUCUAUGGUACCCUAGCAAGCCACCAAACGAACUCUAUCUGAAUGAAAGCUCGUUUACAGGCCAGAACCCAUGCCAUAUCGGCUACCGUCCACUGUUAUGGAACCAUUUCGGUGGACAACGAGGCAGCGAUCUUAAAAACAUUGUGGGACUGUUUGUCCAGAGUAGGUACCGGUUGAGCGCUUUGGAAUUCGUGUACGAUGGUAUCUGCGGAUAUUCAUCAAGUAAGCUUGGUCGAUGCAAUGACGAGGUGGUUCACCCGGGACCAAUGUUCAUUAUUGAUGGCGUUCAUGGCGAACUUAUUACAUCCGUCUCUGUUCACGUCGAAAAAGAUAAACAUCCAGGGGACUACGAUUUCUUACGAUACGGGCUUUUGAAAUGCUUCAGAAUAACAACCAAUCGAGGCCGAGAGUUCCAAAGUAAUGUAGACUGCAAUCAUUCAGAGAUGCAGUCCUUAACUAUUGCUGCGGGAACAACAAUUACUGGUCUCUAUACGAGUUAUGACCCACAGUAUGGUCUUAUUAGCCUAGGGGUAAUCUCAGAAUUACUUUGA